AUGUUGUCCAAGUUAUCUCUCACAGGCAAAAUAGUAUUUCUCUCUAUUAUACUGCAAGCCAUAAUAGUAUCAGUACUAGAAUGUCUUGUGGUCUAUUUUCACGUUAACUAUGUAUCGCACUACACCUUGGACAAACAAGGUCAAGGCAUAUCCGAAGCAGACUUGAUAUAUCAUGCAAUAUUUAUCCUCUCGUUAGGUUUUCAAAUCGUAAUAGCGGCGGAUGCACUGUGGCAUCGUAAUGUAGUUCAAUUAUUGUCUCUGGUCGUGUUCAACCUCCUUUCACUCAUCUACGCCUCCAUACAACUUUAUCAACACAAAAUAUUGGAGGAUAGAGGAUUGAGUUCAGAUAUCUUUAAUCCUUCGAACGACUUCCCGACACACGAAUACACCAUGAAUUAUUAUGAAUCGAGGAUGAGACCUCUGGAAUACGUCAUCAUUGGGAUGGUGUCGGGAUUUUCAUUAUUCCUCGGGCUCCUCUCUAUAAAUCUCACAAGAGAAUUUGGAUGGGAGAAUUAUAAAACUUAUUCUGCCGACAUGGAUAUUCGUAAAGCAUACGUAUCACUCUCUGUCUUACAAACGUUAAUAAAGUUGGAUAUCUUCUUUAUCGGUUCAUACGCAAUCCAACUGAUACCUUCGCAGAAGAUUGGUUAUAACAUGUCGAUUGUGGAAAUCGUUCUGAUUUUCUUUUGUGGCACCAUGAUCUUGUUAAUAUCCUGGUUCUCGAUAGUUCACGAGAUGAAAUAUCUCUUGCUCUGUGUGAUCAACAUGCUAUGCAUCUCGUUGAUUUAUUUGAUCUAUGAACUGGUCAGAAUUAACAUUGUGAAGGAUCCGGAUCCAUACGAAUUCACACGAAGAUUCUUGACAUUCUUCCUGUCCACCACUUGGUGUUUGAUAUUUUUCACCGUUGUGUAUUCAAUUAUUUGCUUUAGAAACAUGAUGAAGGGAAUUUAUGUGAUAACGGACGAAGAGGAACUAGAGGAGAACCCAAGAAAAAAGAGAUUUUCAAGAAUAUUGUCACCUACCCACAAACCGACAUCAAACAGACAAAGCGCAAUUGACCAACGGCGAACAAGACUUUCUAGGAGAGAAACAUUGGAUUAA